AUGAAUCCUCAAUAUAUUCGACUACUUUUGCCCUCGAAUAAAAACAUUCGAGUUCUCGUUCCAACACAACGACCAAUAUUGCAAAGUGUUCAAUAUUCAACAGGGCGACUGAUUUGUCCCAAGAAUUUAAUUGCUGCUGUCGGUCAAUCGCAAAAUGAACCGCUGUCAGUGCAGUCUAAUUCUGUACCUGUUUCAUCGACUUGUUCAUCGAAUUUCGAGCAGCAAACACCGGGAGACAUGGCUUCAGCUGCAACAACGAUUAUAUCUGCUUCGUCAGAGAAUGUUGAAACGAAACACAACAACAGCGAUACAAACUUAUCAGACACAAGUACGUGCGAAAUAAAAUCACCAUCGACACCAGCUUCAACAAAACGAAAUUGUUCCUAUUUCUGUAACACAAGUGCCAAGAAUUUCAAGAGAUCACAAAUGACUGAAAACGAUGAAUAUUUUCAAAGAAAAGCAAAGCGAGCUAAGAAUUUAUCUGAAGAAGAAACUUCAGCUUUUAUAAAUGUUUGGUGUGAAUAUUACGAUCGUCUGACUGCAGGUGGUUCUCGUAAUAUACCGAUAUACCAUUAUAUGGCACAGCAGUUUAACACCAUAUUAUCACCUAGAGUGAUGACUGCCGUCGAUGUUAAAUCAAAAAUAUCCAACCUCGUUGCAGAGUAUCGAAAAAAAAAGAAAGAUAUGGGAAAAACAGGUGGCAGCCCGUGCACGUGGCAUUACUUUGAUCAAAUAGACAAGUUACUAGGUGAACGACCUUAUAACGAUGACAGUUUGAUGACUGACACAAUGAUAGUACAAAAUAACGUUAUUAUCGACGACAUUGAAAAUAUUCCAAUGAAUAAUUCAAAUGGUAAUCUUGAUGGUGAAGAUAUUGAUCAUACGUUAGGUUCAACAAAAGAUUUUGAAGAAGUAGCAAAAGAUACUCGGUCCACGAUAUCAAGUAGUCCAUGA